UGCCUCAAUCUUCUCUCUCUUCUUCUUCUUCAACUCUGUUCUCUCAGAUCCACAUUCUCGAACCUUCUUCUUCUUCUUCAACAACAAUGGCGAAGCUCCUCCCUCUGCUCCUCGCCGUCCUCCUCCUCCACCUCACCGCUUCUUCCUCUUCACCAUCUCCAUCUCCCCAACCCGACGCCGAUUCGCCGUCUCCGUCCUCCGACUCGCUUUCACCCUCUCAGAUUUCACACCCGCCCUCCCCCUCCGUCGCUCCCGCCAGUUCCCCUAGCGCCGCUUCACCUCCGGCACCGCCGUCGUCCGAGUCUCCGUCUCCUCUCCCGGACUCCCCUUCUUCCGACGUUCCAGUUCCCGAGCCGGCCAGCGACGUCAACCACAGUGACAUCUCCGCCGAUGAGGGAGUCAAAACGACGUCGUUCGACGGAGGGAUGAGUGCGGGGAAGAAGGCCGGGGUCGGACUCGGAGUCAUCGCCGCGGUGGGGCUCGUCGCACUCGGAGGGUUUGUGUACAAGAGGCGCCAGGAUAACAUUCGCCGAUCUCAGUACGGCUACGCCGCCAGGAGGGAGAUGCUCUGAAUCACCUAGGUUACUGUGUAUCUUCUUUUUUUACUGUUGCGGGUGUGAAGUAAGUUUUUUUCUUACUGCUUUUGGUUUUAGUAUAUGAUGAUUGGUUGAAGGUUACGGUGGAAAAACACGUGGAAAUUGGAUUCGAUUCUUGAUUCUUUUGGUCGUAAUAUACUGAGAAAAUUAGUCAAUAUUUAGUCUUGGAUUACGAUGUAUCUGGUUUAAUUAGAUUAAUAAAUAAUUGGAUCUCUC